AUGAUAAGCGUUAGUUCAGUUUGUAUACAUGGUAUUUUUGCUGGUCCGAGAAGACUGGAACGAUUAUCUGAGGUUCGAGGUGUAAUGGCUGAUAUGAAAUUUAUAACAAAUUUAAAAACUCGUGAUCCGGAUUUAUUUACCUCGAAACAAGCAGUACAAUUAAAAAUCUAUUUAAAAAAAUUAGAAGAAAAACUUGAUCCAAAUCAUAUAUAUUCAUUAUAUGAUAAAUCUGAACGUGAUAUUAAACUUCUUACAUUAAUGAGUAAUGUUAGUCGUGUUGGUGGUAGUUUAUUUAAAUUUAUUCAUGCUAUUGAUAAUUAUAUGGAUAAAUAUCGUGAAACAAAACCUAAAAAAGAUCGUUUAAUUUCUAUUGAAAAUGAUUAUGAAAUAAAUCUUACAGAAUUAAAUCGAUUAGAAAAUCAUAUUGAAAAAUCAACAAAUAUAUUAGAUGAUUUUCGAAAACGAUUUGAUAUUGCAAUAGAAGAUAAAAUUAAAUUUCAAGAAGAAACAGAUAUUGCUAUACGUCGUCGUCUAGCAGCUGAAAAACUUUUAUUUGGUUUUAAUAGUGAAACACUCAGAUGGAAAGAUGAAGUUAAUCAUAUGAAAGAAUAUGAAAAUGAAUUAAUAGGAAAUUGUUUAUUAUCUAGUGCAUUUCUUGCCUAUUGUAGUCCAUUUACAUAUGAAAUUCGUCAAGAUUUAAUAUAUAAUCAAUGGAAAAAAAGUUUAAAUGAAAAAACGAUUUCAAUAACAGAAAAUUUUCAAAUACAAAAUUUUCUUUCAUCAAAUGUUGAAAUAUCUGAAUGGACAUCGCAAGGUUUACCAGCUGAUGAAUUUUCUAUACAAAAUGGAAUUCUUACUUUAUAUACAAAUCGUUUUCCUUUUUGUAUUGAUCCUCAAUUACAAGGUUUAUUAUGGAUUAAACAACGAGAAAAGAAAGCGAAUUUAAAAAUUUUAUCAAUGAGAGAUAGAGAUUUUUUAAAACAUUUUGAAUUAGCAAUUAAAUAUGGAUAUCCAGUUCUUUUCAAAGAUGUUGAUGAAUAUAUCGAUCCGAUAAUCUUAGAUAUAUUAUCUAAAAAUUUUCAAGGUGAUUCAACUCAUCAAUAUAUUAAAUUAGGUGAUAAAAAUAUAGAUAUUGAUCGAAAUUUUCGCAUGUAUUUAACAUGUCGUUUAUCAAAUCCAAAAUUAUCUACCCUACAUUUUUCUUAUUCAAAAGUAAUUAAUUAUACUGUUACAUUAAAAGGUCUUGAAGAACAAUUAUUAUCUUCUUUGGUUAAAAUUGAAAGACGUGAAUUAGAAGAAAUGCGUGAAACAUUAAUCCAAGAAAUAUUUGAAAACAAACAGCAACAAAAAUUACUUGAAGAUUCACUUUUAAGAGAAUUAACAACAACAACUGGAAAUAUUUUGGAUAAUAAUGAAUUAAUUGAAACAUUAGCAAAUACGAAAACAAAAGUUAGUGAAGUCAUACAAGCAUUAAAUUUAGGUGAAAGAACUCGACAAGAUAUUGAAAAAUUACGUGAUACAUAUCGUUUAGCUGCUAGACGUGGUGCUGUACUUUAUUUCUCCUUAGUUCAAAUGUCAACAACUAAUUCUAUGUAUCAAUAUUCAUUAAAUUCGUUUCUUUCAGUCUUUGAAUAUAGUGUAAAAAGUGCUCAAACAAAUUUUAAAUUAGAGAAACGUUUACAGUCAAUAGUAAAUACAUUAACAUAUCAAAUCUAUUGUUAUGGUACAAUAGGAAUGUUUGAAAAACAUAAAUUACUUUAUUCAUUUUUAUUAACUAUUCAAAUUGAAUUAGAUAAACAAAUUAUAACUUAUAAUCAAAUAGAUUUUUUUCUUAAAGGCAAUUUAUCAUUAGAUAAAUCAUCAAAACCAUUAUUUAAUUGGUUAACUUAUGAAACAUGGCACCAUUGUUUAUAUCUUUCAAAACAAUUUCCUGAAAAAUUUCAAAAUUUAAUUAUAAAUAUUGAAGAAAAUCCUAUCGAAUGGAAACAAUGGGCCGAACAUGAUCAACUCGAAAAUAUUGCCUUACCAAAACCAUUUGAUAUACCAUUAAAUGAUUUUGAAAGAUUAAUGUUAGUAAGAUGUUUUAGUCCAAAUAGAAUUAUUUUUGCAAUUAAUAAAUAUAUAACAAAAAUAAUGGGAGAAAAAUAUAUUAUUCCGCCAACAGUUUAUUUCGAUUCGAUUUUUGAACAAUCAACAGCUCAUAUACCAGUUAUUUUCAUACUUUCACCUGGAUCAGAUCCGACAAAUGACAUUCAAAAAUUAGCAGAAAGAAAAAAUCAAAUUCGAAAGAUACCGACAGAAAAUGGACUUACUAAUGAAGAACAAAAAACUAUACGAACACUUGCUAUGGGUCAAGGACAAGAAAAAUUAGCAUUACAAGUACUACAUACAGCACAACAUCAAGGAACUUGGUUAUUAUUACAAAACUGUCAUCUACUUUUGCCAUUUUUAAAUGAAUUAGAAAAAGAAUUAGAAAUAUCAACAAAACCACAUCCCGAUUUUCGUCUUUGGAUGACUACUGAACCAAUUGAGAAAUUUCCAAUCGGACUCCUACAAAAAUCAUACAAAGUAGUUAUAGAACCUCCAUCGACGCUUAAAUUAAAUCUACGUUCAAUAUUUGUUAAUCUAAAUAUUCAAAUAUUCAGUGAUUCUGAUCAUCCAGCAUAUCCUUGUAUGAUAUUUAUUCUUGCUUUCUUUCAUGCAAUCAUACUUGAUCGAAGAAAAUAUAAUAAAAUUGGUUGGUCAUGUACUUAUGAUUUCAAUGAAUCAGAUUUUCGAGUUUCAGUCGAUAUUUUAAAACAUUAUCUAAAUAUGAAUUUAGAACAUGGUAAUCUUGAUAUUCAAUGGUCAACAUUACGAUAUUUAAUUGGAGAAGUUAUGUAUGGUGGUCGUGUUAUUGAUUCGUAUGAUCGACGAAUUAUUCGUACCUAUAUGAAAGAAUAUUUUGGUGAUUUUGUUUUUGAUUCAAUUCAACAGUUUCAUUUUUUUAUUGAUAUAACAACUAAACCAUUGAAAUAUGAUUAUUUCAUUCCUGAAAUACGUGAUUUUCUAUCUGCAAAACAACGAUGGUUAUUAAAAGAAGCGAAUAUAUCAAUCGAGCCACAGAUUGAAUAUAAUUUUGAAAAAUUAUUACCAAAUAAAAUCUCUGAUCUUCUUCAACAUAAUAUGGAACAAUCAAACUCUCCUAUAAAACAAAUCGAUUAUAAAUUUCUAUCGAAAAGUGUUCUUUUUAAUCAAUUCUUUCAUUAUUCAAUUUUUCGUGAUUUUUAUUUCACUUAUAUCGAUCAAUUACCACUUUAUAAUCCACCUGAUGUACUCGGAUUACAUCCUAAUGCAGAAAUUAAUUAUUUAACUAAGACAGCCCAUGAAAUUUAUUCAAAUAUGAUUAUGAUCCAACCAGAACAAUACGAUAUCGAUUAUGGUUCAAAUAGAGAACGUAAGAUAAAUGAAAAAUCUCCACUUCAUUUUUAUGUCAUGCUAGAAUUCUCUAUUAUCUUUCACUGGGUGUUGAUGGUUGUACGGUAGUCAUCUACACCCACACCCACACCCACACCUUCAACUAAUUUUAACUGUAAUACUAAUAA